AUGAAGGGUGCUACACCCUCCCCCAGUCCGGCGCCCGGAACGAAAGCUUCGCCGGCCCCAAAAUCCACGCCCUCUCCCGCCGCAGGAAUCAAGCGCAAAAGAGUCCCUGCCGCAAAAUAUUACGCUGUCAAAGCAGGCUUCAAGCCAGGGAUUUACUAUGGAUGGCCGGAGUGCUUAGCCCAAAUCACAGGGUUCAAGGGAGCUAUCUUUCAAUCAUUUUUGAGCCACGAAGAUGCCACCGCUUUCUUGAACGGUGUUAAACCUCCAUCCGGCGGUGCGACAGAGGGCGCCGAAAGGUACUAUGGGAUACAGCGAGGCCGUGUGCCUGGGGUUUACACAGACUGGUCGAAAGCACAGGAGCAGAUUCGGGGAUUUACGCGCCCGCGAUAUCGCAAGUUUUCGACGCGAGAGGAGGCCGAGGAUUUUGUGAGAGAAGGACAGACACAGCCUCCUGUUGGCUUUGGGGAUACAAAGAAACCCACUGGACCGCAUGGCAUUAUGAGUGAGAACCUUAAAGAUGCAGAAGGUGUGGAAUUUGCGCCUGGAGAAGGACCUUUGCCACAAGGUGCGGAGGAUGGGUUUGACCCCAAUGUGCUGCUUGAUUCCACCACAGGGAAGGUGGUCUAUAAGACUGCACUUGAAAAGGCUGGUACCAAGACCCAAGCAGCGGGGAUACCGGGCAUGCUACGGAUUUACACGGAUGGGAGUUCCUUGCGAAAUGGGACACCACUGGCAUCUGCUGGGGUUGGGGUCUUCUUUGGGCCUGGAGAUUCAAGGAACGUAUCGGAGCCACUAAAAGGCAGUCGUCAAACAAAUCAACGAGCAGAAUUAACGGCAAUUCUGCGAGCGAUUGAUAUUGCGCCUCGUCACCGCGACGUGACUAUUUUCACCGACAGCCGAUACGCGAUUGACUGUGUUACUGUUUGGUUUGUUAACUGGCGUCGUAACAACUGGAUGACCAAAGACAAAAAACCAGUGGAAAAUAAAGACUUGGUCGAAUCAAUUUUGGUGAAGAUUGAAGAACGUGAAGAGCUCAAAGUCAAAACUUUGUUUCAAUGGAUCAAGGGACAUUCUCAAGAUCCCGGCAAUGAGGCGGCGGAUCGACUUGCCGUAAACGGAGCUCACGAGGGUGUCAGACAAAAGGCUGAAGCCUUGGAAGCCACUCGAGAUAUUCCUGAUGAUGUAUUUGAUGACGAUUUCUGA